AUGCCGUUCUAUUCCAUCGAUAACUUAUCUCUGGAGAACCAACGGCUCUUUGAGCAAUUUGGCAGAGGACCUCAUGUCAAUAUACCUUUUGAUCUCGUCCACAGCGCCUUCGAGAAUGUUGUCGAUGCUCAUCCCCACGUAACAGCAGCUCGCCAUCACGACGGGACAACAAUUACGUACCAGGAACUAGAUAAGCGAGCCAAUAUACUGAGCAACAGGUUGAUACAGCGCGGUCUUCGACCAAACGACCGGGUUUGCAUCGUCGUAUCUCGAUCGAUUGAAUUUCUUGUGGGUAUUUUUGCUGUUCUGAAGGCGGGUGCACAAUAUGUACCGCUAGAUGGGGGCAUUGUCGCCGACGCCGCGUUAGAUCAUAUUUUCAACGAUACCGGCGCUCGAGUUGUACUAUGCCUCGGCAAAUUCCGCUCAAAGGUCGAGCCACAUGCUCGAAAGAUAAAAUCGGAAAUUGUAGAGCUUGAUGGGCAAGACCAUUCAAUCAACAAUGACGCGCGUCCCAAUGUUCCAAUGAACUCCAGCUUUGGUUCAUACAUGAUCUAUACGUCCGGCACCACUGGUAAGCCAAAAGGCGUCGACGCAAGGCAUCGGAAUGUGACGAACAACCUCUUGGUUGAACCGGCGAGUUUGAAGAUUACCGUUGGCAAGAACGUGGCCCAGCUUUUGAAUAUUUCGUUUGACAUGGCACAGUGGGAGAUUCUCGCCACCCUCAUGAACGGCGGGACAUUGCAUAUUCGUAAUGGAGACUGGCCCGACGUACUUCGACGCGUUGAUACAGUGAUCGCCACGCCGACUAUUCUAGGGAAAUUUGCACAAGCUGACUUUCCCAAUAUCAAGACAGUCGUGGUGGGCGGUGAGCCAUGCCCUCUGCCUCUAGCUGAAGAGUGGUCUCCCUUUGUCAACUUCUGGAAUAUCUGUGGCCCUACCGAGAUCACCAUCUUGAACACUGCACACUUGCAUAAGCCUGGAGAAUUGCUGACUAUUGGGAAACCACUUCCAAAUACCACACUAUAUGUCUUAGACGAUGAUGAGAACCCUGUAGCUAUUGGAGAACCUGGCGUAAUGUGGGCAGGCGGAGCAUGUGUUUCGGCGGGAUAUGUCAACCUGCCGGAGCUGACGGCAGCAAGAUUCAAAUCAGAUAAAUUCAUGCGGGAUGGCACGUUAAUGUUCAACACUGGAGAUCUCGGCCGUUGGACAGAAGAUGGUAAACUUAUACCACUUGGCAGGAAGGAUGACCAGGUUAAAUUCAAGGGAUUUCGUGUUGAGCUCGACGGUGUUUCCGCCGCAGUAGAGAGCGUGCCCUCUGUGACGAAGGCCUGUGCCUUAGUGGUGCAUGAUAAGCUUUGGGCAUUUUAUUCAGGGCCCAACCGCCUCGACCAUGAAGAGAUGAGUCGAAUUGUUGGCGUGACAUUGCCAUACUAUUCUGUACCAACAGAGUGGCUGUAUCUUUCUUCCAUUCCCCUGACUGUCAAUGGGAAAUUUGACAAGCGGAAACUUAGGGAAAUGGCUGAGGAGGUUCACAAGAAGCCACGAGAAGCUGCAAGCAGUGAAAGCCUAGGAAGUACCGCUGUCUCCACUGAAGCAGGAACAGAGAGCGAGACUACCCCGUCCACAAGUACUCUCGAUCUCGAGAAGGGGGUCGCGAAGAGUGAACAGGACAGUUCCCACGAGGACUUGAAAGAAGACAUCCAUUACGAUCUCCCCGAUAAAAACGGGUUUCAUGGGCAGAGAUGGCUCCGGCAUCGAUUCUUUUCCCUAUAUCGAAGAUUUUUCUCAGUUGUCUUCUUUGCAAACCUUCUCGCGUUUGCUCUCGUUUGGUGGAAGUCGUGGGAUAGCGGCAGCCUGCCGCUUUCUCAGCUCCCCACAGCUAUUGCGGUCAAUUUACUAGUGGCCGUGGCUAUGCGGCAAGAUCAUGUUAUCAACUUUCUGUUUUGGUUGGCAACACGUGUGCCAACCUGGAUGCCACUUGCUAUUAGACGUCAAUGUGCUCGGGUAUAUCAUAUUGGCGGCAUCCAUUCUGGUGCUGCAGUUUCAGCCGUGCUUUGGUGGCUCGUUUUCACCAUUGGUGCGACCUUCAAUUUUGCAAGAGGUAAUAAGGAGGUACACAUCGAUGUUGGCACCGUGGUUAUCAGUUAUCUGGUCCUCACCCUUCUCCUGGCCAUUGUUGGGAUGGCUCACCCUGAUGUCCGCGCUAAAAUGCAUGACCAGUUCGAGUGGACACACCGUUUUGCUGGUUGGACUGCCACAGCACUUGUCUGGGCACAUUUAGUAGUAGCAUCCAAUUCACUGAAACCAAGGACAGAAUCGCUUGCACAUGCUCUAGCUCGCACGCCGGCAGUUUACCUAUUGGCGCUCAUCACAUUAAGCAUCGCGCUGCCGUGGCUCAGGCUCAGACGUGUCGCAGUUCGACCGGAAUAUCUAUCGAAGCAUGCGGUCCGAUUGCAUUUUGACUUCGAGACGCCGAUUGCAGGCAAAGCGAUCCGGAUAACCGACAAGCCGAUGCGUGAGUGGCAUGCCUUUGCCACCAUUGACAAGCCAGACCAGAAGGGCUUCUCGAUCGUCGUGUCAAACGCAGGUGACUGGACACGAAAGACCAUCGAUGGGCAACCACAAAGACUCUGGACGCGCGGGGCCCUUGCGUCGGGGGUUUUGACCAUUGCACCGCUGUUUAAAAAGGUCGUUCUAGUAGCUACAGGAUCUGGAAUCGGGCCGUGUUUGCCUGUGAUUCUCGAGGGGCGAGUACCGGCUCGAGUCCUAUGGUCUACGCCUCAUCCCCGCGAAACAUUUGGCGAAGAGAUUAUAAACGAUGUGUUGCGAGCAGAUCCAAAAGCCAUUAUUUGGAACACUCGAACUCAGGGAAAACCUGACCUGACCGCUCUCGCGUACCAACUCAUGAAAGAGAGCGAUGCCGAGGCGGUAUGUAUCAUCUCGAACAAAAAAGUGACACAACAAGUGGUUUACCGGCUCGAGGCUCGAGGCAUCCCGGCAUUCGGGGCGAUUUUCGAUUCCUAA